AUGGGGCUUUGUGGAAAGCGAUUUGGCUACGAGAGCCCGGCAGUGGGCACGUGGUGCAUUGCGUUGAGCUUACAGCUCGUAACGGGUAUCAUCAUGCUCUUGAUUGGUUACGACAAGGACAUUCACGAUAUCCUGGAGGCGUCUUCCCUGACGACGAACGCAUAUAGUGUCUUCGAGUAUAUGGGGCUGAUUCAUGUGGCCCUUGCCAUUCUUAUCGCUGCGGUUGUCGCGUUAGGUCUUUUUGUUUCUCCCUGCUUCCUAUGUCCCCUCUGCAUUAUCAACAUUAUCGAGAGCCUCUACUGCGUCGUUAGUGCUGCGACUGCAGGAGCUUAUCUGCAGCCUUACGUUUCUUACGUGAAGCACUCAGAGCUGUCAUAUGAAGGAGAGAGCACGUGGUCGCUUGCCGAUACGUACUUCGCAAGGACCAACAGCGGAUACAUUCUAGCCGCCGCAGUCUUAGCUCUUGCGACUCUCGCUGCAUUCAGCCGCGCAAAUGGCAUGAGUAACGACACGCCGAUUCCAGAGGCGCAGAUGUACGUCCCGUGCGUCACACUGAUCAUCAUUUCUGGAGCAAUCUUCAUUAUUGGCGGAGGUGGCGAAGGUUACACGGUGGCCUUGGGCACGAUUUGGUUUCUUCUUGCAAUUGCCGUGGCGAUUAUCUUGAAUAUUACCCACUGCUGUCUUUCCCCCAAGGUGUGCAACGUUUUGGUAGGAGCGGCAUUUGGCUGUGUGGCAGUGGUCGCCAUUGUCAGCUGCAUCGUAGCUACCUCCACUUAUCACACGGUCGUGAAACAAGUAGGCAUGGUCGGCUUUCCGCAGUACUUCACUCCACCUACUGAGGACAUUAUGAACGACUACAAGAUCUUCACCAUUAUGGGAACAGGCAAAUGGCUCAUUGUCGAGGCAUGCACAUCGUUGGCUUGCGGGGUUUUGGCAAUUUUCUCCACAGUGUACGCGCUCCGAUCAGUCUUCAGUUGCUGCGGCAAGGGUGAAUGA